CAUGCAAGGGAUUUACCAAUAGCCAGCUUUCACUCCCCGUCCCUUGCUGUGUCCCACCAAAGGCCAUGUGCAGUGGCAAGCUGCAGACGGGUUUGCUGGUGGCCGGCUACUUUGUCUACCUGCUGGUGGGUGCUGCUGUGUUCCAGGCACUGGAGAGGACUGCUGAGAAGCAGGAGAAAAUGGCAGCUGCCCAGAUGAAGGAGGCUUUUCUGCAGAACUUCACUCGCCUUACGGUGGCAGAGAUGGAGCAGUUUAUGAAGAACCUGACUGAAGCCAUUCAGAAUGGAGUAUACCCUGUUGGAAAUGAAUCACAGAUUGAAGACAGCAACUGGGAUUUCAGUAACUCCUUCUUCUUUGCAGGCACGGUUGUCUCUACAAUAGGCUAUGGCACACUACGUCCUAAAACUGCUGGGGGACAGAUCUUCUGUGUCUUUUUUGCUCUGUUUGGAAUCCCUCUGAAUAUUGUUUUUCUCCACCGUGUUGGUAAGAUGCUCUCACUGCUGUGUAAAAAGCUGGGGAAAUUCCUGUACGAGAAAGGAAUGAGAAAGAAGAAGAUCAAAUUUCUGACCCUUUUGUUCUUCCUGGCAACGGGGAUCCUAGUUUUUCUGUGCUUGCCAUCACUUUUCUUCCAGAUAACAGAAGGCUGGUCCUACAGCGAAGGAAUUUACUUUGCAUUUAUCACCCUCAGCACCAUUGGCUUUGGAGAUUAUGUAGUAGGUAAACAGCCUGGCAGGAAUUACUUUUCCUACUACCGAAUGCUGGUGGCCAUUUGGAUUCUUUUCGGCCUUGCCUGGAUUGCUCUCCUAUUUAAUUUGUUGACAACGGUACUAGAAGAUACUGAAAAAAUAAUUGUCAAGGAUCUCCAUCAAAUUGGAAAGGUGAGUAAGGACAAUGCAGCAAGCCAACAAAGAAGAUGCUGGCCUGCUCAAUUUAUUCCAGAAGAAGAACUACUACCACCAUGUGCUGGAGGGGAUGCACAGAAAAUGGAGUCAUUAGCAGAUUCUGAACACACAAAAAAUGAAAAAAAUGUUUUUUCUUAUAGCAAAACUAUUGCCAUAACAUAUGACAAUUGAAUUCUUCAUUGGAGAGUUACUAAUGAAUUAUUCUAAAGAAAUUCCCAUAGAAAUAAAAUUUCUCCUACCUUUUGCUGAGAUAUGACCUUUCAGAACUGAAGACUUACAGUUACACAAAGCCUGAAUAUUAAUGGUAAGAAAUUUGCUCCUCAAUUUGCAGCUAGGUUGUACUAACAACCUGAGAAGUGCACGUGUUUUGCAAGGUGUUUUUAAGGUGCUUCCACAAAAAUGCAGAGGAGGGGCACAGUAGAGCUUACUGGUUCUAUUUGGAUUUUACUGCUUGCAAGAAAUCAUGUCUCUUCCAGGAACUGACAUGCACAAGGUUUUCUGAGGCAUUGCGUAGCACCUCUGUAAGAAGAAAUAAGGGUAUAUAACAUAAUAGAUGCCUGAUUUCAGCCAUCGUAUUGGAUAAGCUAUUAUGAUCUGAAAGACAUGUUUAAAGGACAAGACCUGGGCUCAGUUCAGAGACACUAGAAGCAUCUAAUGGACAGGGUUAGAAAAAGGUUAGCAUAUUGGAAAUGAUUAAUUCUACCUCUUCUUGUUUUAUACUAAGAUGAA